AUGCUGUCCCUACCUAGAACACCUUCCAAGGCGAAUAAGAAGGCGGAUGAUGAGAUCGAAGAAAUCAAGACAUCGUUAUCUGCAAGAUGGGGAAUACAGUUGCCGCCAAGAGACUCGACCUGGAGUCCUUCCAGGAGGGACCCUAAUCGAGUGGAGGACAAGAUCGUAGCUUUCAUACAAUUCUUGUAUUUCAAGAAAGGAGCGCUGGACUACGCACUUAACCAAUUUGAAGAGACUGCUGUUCAGAUCGUUUCAAGAUGGCAGUUCAAGCCACAUGGAGAGCCCAACGUACUUCCAUCCCUCGAAGCAUCCAAGAGCGCGUUGAAACAAGACUUCUUGAAGAAGCGUCCAGCACUGUCGGAUAAAGCAAUCACAGAACUAACGGAAAAGCUCAAGCACUCCCUAAGUUUGAUCGUUGAUCGAGUCAAAGCUGGGGAGGAAUUUCCGAAAUCCGUCAAAGCUGAAGAUGACCCAAUCCCUACCAAUGAAACCUCGCCCUCCAAACCCAACAUUUUCAAACGCCAGUCGAGCCUCGCGCUAUGGCUGCGAUCUAAGAGCGAACCGGGACCAGCAAAGGGCGGAGACCCAUCAGCUCACCACCCCUCAUCUUCUGACGACUACCCAGACCAGGAAAUGGCAGAACUCUUGGUCAAUCUUGACGCGAUGAACAAUUCAUCGGCGAUCCCAACCCCAGCUGCAUAUCCACGGAAGGCUGGCGAAGCUGCAAAACUCGAACAGAGCUCCUCUUCAGAAGAUACAUUCGAGACUCCACCAACCACCCCACCACUGCGCAAAAGGUCGAGUCUUGGUCCUUCUACGGACAGAAAAAGAUCCCACCCUGACUCUAUGCAAGCGCCACCCUCACGAAACGUCUCUCGAAAAACAUCGAGUGAGAGAUCGGCCCAAGAGUCUAUCUAUCAGCGGUAUUCAAAAAAAGCUGACCCUACCCUACCGCCGGAUAAAACUUCCACGGCGAUGAUAACCAAGUCGCAGUAUGCCUAUCCAAGACAACCAGCGCAAAGCAGGAAUCCCGAGUCGGAGCCGGCUAAGCUCUUCGGCUCCUUCGAUAAUACAACGUCCGUUUCGUCCUCCAUGACAAGCGCAUCAUCGACUUGGACGUCACCAAAUACCUCUUUCUCCGUCAGAUCUCUGGCAACUUCAUUUGAUGCUUCCGUUGAUGGUACCGACACGGCCGUACGUGGGUCUUGGGACAAUCCCACACGCCCACCUCUGUUGAGUCACUCACUAUCGGGAUCAGAGAGCGAUGUUGCGAAAUGGUACGAGAAUGAGGCGAGCAAGGUCUCGACGGAUAAACCAAGAGCGCCAUCUGAUCCUAUGGAUCUUGACUAUGAAUUUGUUGUAACAGACAAAAUCGCGUCUAAAGCCGAAUCUCUGUACCUGCCGCGCCAGAUUGAGGCCAAGACCAGCGAGACAGCUGUUGGCGCGCUUUUAGCAGGACGUCUGCAAGAAAACCCUCCAUUUGUUCAAGUUCCAGAACAUUAUCCAUUGGUGCCAUUCCGACAGCUCUAUGAGAUCAUUAGAGUCGCAAGUACUUGCAAAUUAGACAUAAACAAUUUUUUGAUCUCUUUUAAAUCCACAUUCGAAUCCUACGACAGGCUCUGGUCCUCCCUCAGUUCUAUAGCCAAGGCACACGGGGCUCAGAUACCAGAAAGAUCAAAUCUCGCCGCCUGGGACCGAGCGGGCUCGAAAUUUGAAGGGGUAGCGUUGACCGGAAAGCUCAAACUAUUGGAUCAGCAGAAGGGACCUUGUUUUGAAUUCCAUUUGAAUCCUCUGAGGUUGGAGCCUUCUUACCGACUGUCUCGUCAUUUUGGCAGUGAUCGGUUUUGCGUCCUAGGUAUGCCAGGGCUUGGUCCUGAGGGUCUACCGUCGUACCUAAAACAGUACCAUACUUCUGCUCGUGAGGCAAUCACCAAUUGGCUUGUGGGCACGCACCACGAAUUCCUCGGACGCACGUGGCGCGCUUUCUAUACAAAACCUGAUGCCUCCAAGAAGAAAGGGAUGCGAAACAGUAUGCAAGACAGCCGGUACCGAAUAUUUUUUUUCGCUGAAAAUGGUGUCGGAUUCAGAGAUGGAGAAAGGCUCGGCGAGGCCGACCCACGCCUUCCGGAUCGACCUCGAAAGACAGUCAAAGAUAUGAUAGAAUGGUUCAUGCCAUUCAAAGCCAACCUCAAUCAGCCAUCACUCAAAUUUUUUGCUCGUCUGGCGCUAGGCGUCAGUAGUACGGUCGCAACUGUUGAAUUUUCACCCACUGAGAUAUUCAGAGCAGACGAUGCACGGGCAGAUACCCCGGGGCAGUGGCGCCUCAGCUACAAACGAUCGGACGAGAAAAAGAGGCAGAAGACUCCUUCAAAGUCUAAAGCACCUGUCAUGAAUGAUGGCUGUGCCCGGAUUUCUAGAAGAGCUGCAAGAGGAGUGGCGGAUUGCCUUGGUUUAGAUAACGUCCCUUGUGUUUUCCAAGGUAGGAUAGGAGGCGCGAAAGGAAUGUGGAUGAUUGAUGCUCAGGAUGAGACUCCAUCCAAACGGGGUCGAAAUUAUUGGAUCGAAAUCACGGACUCCCAGCUAAAAUUCGAGGGACAUGCCCUAGACGACCUCCACCCUGAGCCUGCACGGGUAACAUUCGAGGUCCAUGCUUGGGCGAAGAGACUUUCAUCGGGCUCCUUGAAUUUCCAACUUCUUCCGAUCCUCGUGGAUCGAGGCGUACCACCCGAUGUGUUCUCGAAGCUGCUUGACCAAGAUCUCACGGCUCGUGUCGGUGAACUUGAGGUAGCCAUGGAUUCUGGAUUGGCUCUUCGCAAAUGGAACCAAGAGAUUUAUCCCAUCACAGAGGAGAGGGCAAGAUACGGCGGGAUCGAGAUGCAAGGAGGUUUGCCUUCAUCAAAAGCAGAGACAAUCAAUUGGUUCACUGAGCAUGGUUUCCAACCCAAAACUUGUCGUUAUUUGAAAGACCAGCUGUAUCAAGCCAUCAAAACCUAUUGUCUUCGAUUGGAAAGUAAGAUGAACAUUGGACUUGGGCAAUCCACAUAUGCAUACAUGAUCGCAGAUCCGUUGGCCAUUCUUGAGGAGGAUGAGAUCCAUCUUGGAUUCUCCAGUGUCUUUCACGAUCCCGAGUCAGGCUUCGAUCAAUCAAUGCUACACAACAUGGAUGUUCUCGUUGCUCGCUUACCCGCUCACCUCCCCUCGGAUGUUCAGAAGGUUCGCGCUGUCUUCAAGCCAGAGUUGAUGAUGUACAGAGAUGUUAUUGUCUUCCCUUCCAAAGGCUCGGUCUCUUUGGCGAGUAAAUUAUCAGGCGGUGACUAUGACGGCGACCAGGCAUGGGUGUGCUGGGAUCCGGAUAUCGUGCAGCCCUUCAGAAAUGCCGAUGUCCCUCCUUUCCCAAAGCUUGACUCUUACGGCAUCGAAAAGGAUAGCUCCAAAGUCGCAGAUCUUCUGGCCCAUCCCGACUACACGACCACGUUCUUACGCCAUGCUUUCAAGUUCAAUCUUCAAGCCAACAUGCUCGGCAAAUGUACUUUGUAUCACGAAUCUUAUUGCUAUCGUGAGAAAGCCAUUGACAGCCCGGAGGCAGUCUCCAUAGCUGUACUGUUGGGAAACCUAGUAGACAGCGCAAAAGGCGGGUUUCAAUUCGGCGAAGCGAAAUGGGCCACCUAUCUCAGGAAAAACAACCUGCCUCGUACACUUUCAAAACCAGCGUACAAGGACAGACAGAAGGGGAAGCCGAAAGACCACCUAAUUGAUCACUUGGUCUUCGUGGUAGCCAAACGGGCGAGGGAGAAGGCAUUGAAUGAAUUCGACAAACAUUUCAAUGACGUUAGCCCACAAGACGAUGACCUCUUCCGUAUACGAAACGAAGAAAUGGAAGAGGCCAAAGGCAACAAAUCCCUGGCACAAGUCUUACAGAAUCUCAAGCACGAGUUAGAAGCUAUACAUACCUUCUGGAAAAUAAACGCCAGGCCGGAAGACGCCGACGACGAGUUUCGUCCUCCCAGGAAGUCCGAAGCCCUGAGCUUUCGAACCAUUGUCGAGAGAUGCCGCGCCGACUUCGUCAAUCUCAAACCCACUCUAGACGAAUGUCCCCCGACUGAGACAUCGGAUAGGAUAAGCAGCUGGCAGCGAGACCACGCGCGGGGCCGUUCAUCGCAUUGGGAUCUCCUGAAAGCGUCCGUUGCCUUCUACCAUUAUUAUCAGACGAGCUUCAUCUGGCACACGGCUGGGAUUGAAUUGGGUGAGAUCAAAGCAACGGCGAGAGGAAGGGGGACGUAUAGGGCGGUUGCUGGAGAGGUGUUUGAGGCUUUCAAACUGGAUAAGAGGGUCGUCGAUGGGGCGAGGAGGAGGGAGAUGUUUGAGAAGGAGGGAGGACCGAGGGUUGAGGAAGACGGAGAUGAUGAAGAGUUUGGCGUGUGGGAUUGGGGGGUUGAUGACUGCUGA